CGGGCGGUCGCCGGCCAUGUGACACGGGGUAUGGGCGGUGCAGUGACAGUGGCGGCGGCCACCCUGCUGGUGUUAGUGCUGGGUGCAACCAGAGUGUCCGCCGAGAGUGUCGGGUGUGACCCGGGCCCUAAUGUGACGUGGGUGGCGCGGGAGAAUGUGGCUAUUGUGGUGCGGAGUGAGAAAUUUGAGACAGCGCCGGGUUUGGUCGCCGGCAUCAGCUAUAAUGUGUCGGUGCUGGCUGCCCGCCCGGACGGCCAGCCCGCCGUCUCGGUCCUGCUGGCGGCUUCCGCGGGCCUCCUGCUGGACUCCCCUCACCAGCUGCGCCGCUGCUCAGCUGGGCAGCUGCUGCUGCUGCCAGCUGCCGGAGUGGCCUCCGCCAGCUGGCUGCUGCCACACACCGGCGACCCGCCGGCUGUCCUCCGGCUCAGUGCAUCAAUAUUGUGGGGUGACGGGUCGGCGCAAAAGGUGACCCACAAUGAAUCUAUUGCUUCAGGGUGCCAGCUGCAGCUGAGGCCGGACGUCUCCACUCUGAGCGAUGCGGACGUCCCGCGGGUCCCGGAUUGUUAUAUCGUACGCCCACCUCGCGCCGGCCUCCGUCAGGGUGCCCGGUUCACCAAACUGUCCGUGCGCGGAGUGCCGGGCCGGUGUCAGCGCAGUUUCCUGCAGCUGACAGACGUGCGGUGGCGCGGCCGGCUGAGCGCUGCUGUCCAGCUGCACCAGGCCGCCAGCGAACAGCUGCACCGGCUGUGCGGUAAACCGGCGCCGGGACACGGCGUCAACGCUGUCACCAACCGAUCGAAUGCCUUAUCGCUGUACACACACCGCGCGGGAGACGCCGCCUUCCUUUUCCAUGUGGUGUUUUUUGAUAGGAGUGCGUGUGAGGAUGAGGUGCUGCGGGGCUCUGAGGGGAGCAGGACGGUAAACGCGAACGGUCUGCAGUGUCAACUGACGCUGCGGCUGCCGUUAGGCUAUCGAGCCCGGCUGUGGUUGACUGCGACAAACAACAGCUCAGUGGUGGUGUCAUUCGUGGACGGCGACGAUGCGUACAACCGGACCGUGCGGAGCAGCGUAACGUUAGUGACAGUGACAAAUAGUGUGGCAAUCACGCUGGCCGAGGUAGCGCAAUCGACUUCGAGGACGACCUCAGAGCCUCGGGUGGUGUCGAGUCUGCCGGCUGUGCAUAGGUCCGAGGCGCAGGGUGUACCGUCAGAGAGGGGGCGUAGACGGGGCAUAGCGGCGCGGGAGCCAGUACAGGAGCCGGAGCAGCGGCCGGAGCCAGUACAGGAGCCGGAGCCGGAACCAGUGCUGGAGCUGCGCUGGUCAGCCGAGCCGGUAGAUAACACCACUGCUGCCUGCGGCUGGCCGUGGGCCGCCCACGACGGCUGGUGUUACCUGGUGUCUGAGGAGCCAGCCAAGUGGCAGGAGGCGGCUGCUGCCUGUGCCGCACUGGACGGCUCGCUAGUAACCGUCAGCGACGAGUCCACGGAGACCAUUCUGACCGCCCUGCUAGCCAACAGCGGAGGGUCGGCCGAGGACGAGCUGUGGACGGGAGGUUCUAAUCAGCACCACGAGGGCACGCUCCGCUGGCCCGACGGACGUCCAGUCACCGAGAAAUGCUCGGCCCGGUGGUGCCGCGGCGGCCGGCUGGUGGAGUCGGAGGGACGGAGGACCGGCGCCGGCCGCUGCCUGGCGCUCCAGCUGCUGCCUGAUGGGGAGAUGGCCGGCAGGGUCAGGCCGUGCUCCGAUAGACUGACCUACGUGUGCCGCCGACCCGGAGCGCCAGCCUCUGAGGACGCGGGCUGUAACCGAACGAUCCUCCUCUCGGCGGAGAUCGGACCAGUGACGGUGAACAGCGCCGGUCGGCCGGACCGGUACGGCCCUGACCUGACCUGCGUCACCAAUGUGAGCGGCCCGACCGGCUCCAGGGUCGAGCUCAUCUUCACACGGUUCAUACUGGAACAGGACGACAGCUGUGACUACGACUCUCUGACCGUGCUGGAGGAGGGUCAGGUGGUGAAGCGCGUCUGUGGAGACUGGUCAGCGCGCCUGAAACUCCUGCGAUAUGUCAGCAGCACAGAGAACAUCAGUCUGGUCUUCGUCACCGACUACAUGAACGCGUUUCCCGGCUUCGAGGCCGUGCUUCAACUCGUGACAGAGGAGCGGCACUGCACGUCAGACGGCACCUGUUUCACGGUCGUCCGCAGCCCCACCGUGCCCUACAGCGGUGUCCGCGACACGUGCGGAAGGCAAAAGGGCGUGCCGGCCAACGUCGGCGAGCUGGAGCAGCUCUCCGAGGUGCUGGGGAGCGGCUCCUACUGGGCUCAACCACCCUCCUUCGUCACUGAGAGCAUCACCAGAGCCACCAGUAGCACCAACGGCACCACCAUCACCACCAAUCCAGACGUCCAUAUCAGCACCAGAGGCCCUGCUGAGGACGACGGCAGCUUUUACGGCAGUGAGGACAUCAGCUUAAUGCCUAACACCGACACCGACAGUGGCGGUGCAGAAUGCGUCGCCGUGGAGGUGCGAGGUUCCCCUCCGGUCGUUCGUCAGACCACAGACUGUCAGCGGUCAUCCACCGCCGUCUGCCGCCUUCUACCCGGUGACCCGUGGCGGUGGCCGGCCGAGUUGCCCUCGCCGGGUCGGCUGCGUUCACCCGGCUACCCCGCCGGCUACCCUCCGCUGCUAGAUCUGCGUACGGAGCUGCGAGCCCCUGCCGGCAGCCGGCUGGCAGUGCGCGUGGAACGACUGCAGCUGGAGGUGCAGCCGGACUGUCUGUACGACUCACUGCAGAUCAGCUGGCCGCCCGACGGCCGGGCGACGCUGUGUGGUCGGCACCAUGAGAGACGGCUCAUCUUCCCGCCAUCGAACACAGCCACCGUCACCUUCACAUCUGAUUGGUCCGUGUCGGGACCGGGCGCCAGCCUCUCCUGGUCGUCGGUAGAUGUCAGCAGGUGCACCGGCGAGAUCGUGUCGUCUAUAGAGGGCACUGUUAGCAGCCCGGGCUACCCGCACCUGCUGCCUACUGAUCAGGAGUGCAUCACCUUCCUCCUGGCACCAGGGGACACUCAUCUAGUGCUGCUGGUGACCUCACUGGACCUCUCCUGCGAGCACGGCCGGUUGGAGGUGGGCUCUGUGCCUCGGCCGGGGGACACUCCGACAGCCCUCCGCCGGCUCUGCGGCCGACGGCGAGCGCAGAUUCUGCUGCUGGCGCCCGGUCCUUACGUCCGCCUGCAGCUGAACACAGGCAGCAGUCUGGAGAUUGGCACCGGGUACAGCCUGAGCUACCGGGCAGUGUCGGCCGUGGACGAGCUGGUGCCGGUGUCAGUGCCGGCCUCCCCGCGGGCCCGUGCCCUCGAGCCGCCCCUGCUGCUCGGCACCCUGCCCUACCGAGUCGCCCACCGACUGGCCGCCACCGUCGGCCACAACGUGCAGCUCAAGCUGACCUUCAUCGGCUCCCUGCAGGACACACCCUGCGCCGAUAGCACGACAUACGUGCAUAUCCGGGAUGCGUACGCCCCGGGUGGUGGCGGUGGUGGCGGCGUGGACUGGUGGCUGUGCCCGGGCCCCGGUGCGCGCCACACCGCCUCAAUUCGCUCCUAUCUGCACGUGCUGACGGUGACCCGAGCAGGGGGAGUGGCCGCUCGUCGCCGCCGCCGCCAGCGCCGCCGUCCGGCCCCCUCCGCUGCUGUGUCGGAGCCGCCGGAGCUGACCGUCAGCUACUCGGCUGUACCCGACGGAGCCUUCAACAACAAAAGCAGCGCUGCAGGGGGCGCGGUGGAAGAUUGUGCUCUCCAUCCGUGUGUUAACUCCGGAAAAUGCACCAAGCGGGGAGCCAGUUUCGCCUGUGUUUGUCCAGCUCAGUUUGUCGGCCUGUUCUGCCACAUCCCGGCCUGUGAACUGUCCCCAUGUCUGUUCGGCACGUGCGAGGCCACCGACGCUGGUGUGCGGUGUCACUGCGAUCCACUGCACGACGGCCUGCACUGCGAACAGCGCCGCUCGCCCUGUGACGAUAACCCGUGCCGCGGCCGCGGGCUGUGCACUGAGGCCAACGAUACGUUCGUCUGUCACUGUCACGGCUGGUGGUCAGGCCGCCACUGCGAGACCCGCGUGCUGCACAUACCGUACAAACCGCUCAGCGAGCGGAUGAUCGAAGAGCCCUUCUGGCUGGGUCUCAUCACCGUCACCGUCGUCAUGGUCGGCAUCGGCAUCAUCUGGUGCAUCAAAAAACACUUUGCCGAGCGCAUCGAGCAGUUCUUCGCAGAGGAGAUUGAGAAGAGCAAAUAUUACGGCGGCUACAUGCCGUCACCGUGCACCUCACACGCCCUGCUGCGAGAGUCGCCGGCCGUCUCGCCCCAGCCGCCCCGCAGCCUGCUGCAGCGACUCAGCCUGCGCAAGACGUCGCGCGUCUCCCUGCUGUCCCUGUCUUCGGUGGCGUCGUCGCCCGGUCAUGACCUGCGCAGGAGCGUCGAGGACUUUUUCCGCGCGCCGCUGGGCCGCAGACGCUCGCGGUCGCCGCUGAGUCCUCGCUACAAGCGUAACUCGUCUGGGGAGUCGCACGAGCUGGACGCCGAGUCGCGGGGGAUCCUGCGCGGGCUGGUGACUCCGCGUGACCCGCUGGCCGAGCGCAGUCGCAGCUACGAGGAGUUCAUCCAACUUGCCGAGAUGAAGCUAGAGGACCAGCGUAAGUCGGGCUCCCAGUCUGUGGACGACCCGGCGACCCUCGCCGAAACAUCCUUCCACGACAUCAUGGACAGCAAGUUCGACAAGCGCGUCAAAUUUGCAUCUCUGAUGUCACACGUGUCACGUGACAUGAUGACCUCGUCCGGGUCGGACCUGAGCUGCGCCGGCGACGCCAGCAGCAGCUACAAGCCGCAGAAUCUGCUGGGAAGCCGGUCCAGGCGCUCACUGUCGUUUAAGCGCCGCGGCCGGGCGCCGGCCUUCCUGCCAACCGAUGACACGGUGGAGACGACCUCUACGGGCUCUGACCUGACGCCGGACGCCGUGCGGCGCUCGGCACUCAUCCAGUCUCUGUCGACACCGAGCUCACCGCGUCACAGACCUAUCGCCAAGAUCACCAGUGCUGACAGCAUCCUGUCCAUGCUGCGUGGCUGGGCCAACGGCAAGUCCGUGUCCACACCGUCCAGCCCGGCCAACUCUGAUCACGGCGACGAGAACCCGCCCAUCAUAGGCGUGUCACCGCCCUCCGCUAACGGCUCGGGACAGACGGAGAAAGGAGCGAUCAGCGCAGCCAACAGUCUGGAGAUUCCCGUGUUCACGGGAGGCAGCGGGAAGACUGGCGGUGGAUCCUCGUCCCAGUCCGUGACGCUCGAGAUUCCGUGCCACGACUACCGGUGUCUGUCACCGAUCACAGAGGUGCCCACGCCGUCUCCCUCGCCUCUGCCGACGCCGAUCCGAAUGGCCCGUCGACCAAUUCACAUCCACAUGGACCAGAGGGUCUCCGACAUGGACUCAGACGCGUCCACAUCUUUCUCAAUGUCUGGUAACGAACAGUCGCGCACCAGCAGCGCCUCGCUAGACGCUCCGGAGGGUGUCAACCGGACGCCGUCGCCGACACUCAACCGCAAAUACAGCUGCAACUUCCCCAUCCCGAUGGUGAUUAUUGAGACGACGCACACGUCUCCAGAGGAGAGUGACGAGGCGCCGCCGCCUUCCCCACCACCCAUCACCGUGUCAGCGCCUACUCCAUCGACACCUGCCGUCCCAUCCUGGCCAUCACCUCCAGCCAUCGUCAUCUCUGAGGACAGCGGCGAUCCGGAGGGCAGUCCCCCGUCGCCUCACGUCAGUCCUGACCCGGUACCGAUGGCAGUGCCGUCCUUUACCUUCCUGGCAGCGUCUCCAACGGACGAGGCUCCCCCACUGAUGCCGCUGCCACAGCCUGGUGAGAGGAAGCUGAGUGCCCCUCACGCGCUCAGUAUGCUGCGGCGGGCGCCGUGUCUGAAAGAGGGCGGCAGAGCCGACUCUCUGGAGCUCCAGCCGCGGCCGGGCUGUCGACUGACGAGAAAUAUGUCUGAGCAGGACUCCGACACGGAUAGUACUAAACAGACGGUCGGUAUGCUGCUGGCGCCGCUGGCUCCAAACGGCGCACACAGUACCUCCGAGUCGAACCUCAGCUCGUCAGGCUACAGUUCGGCCUACAGCCCGGCGCCGUCGCGGUGCUCGUCCAUCAACCCGCUGCUGGAGGAGGCGUGUGGGCCGGGCGGAGCGGCACAGCGCCGGCCCGUGCUGCUGCACCAGGCCACCCUAGAGGAUGACUCGGCUCUGGGCAGUAACGACGACUGUCUAUCCACGGACCCAGAGAUGCCGCGACCGGCCGAGCCGCCGCCGCCACCGCCACCCCAGAUCGUCAUCCACCCUCCGGCGCCGCUGCCGUCCGACUCCUCGCUGGAGGAGCCGCAGCGGCCCAGCCCGGCCUCGUCGCGCUCCGAGUCACCGCUCAGCGACCGCACCGGGCGCCGGUUCUCGCGGCAGUUCUUCGGGAAGCUGGAGCUGCCGGCUACUGACUCGGACUGUCUGUACGACUACCCGAGCUCGGAGCGACUGACGGCGGCGGUGGCGGGCGGCUCUCAGCGCCGCGCGGGCCGCCGCCGCCGCCGGGGCGCAGUCAAAUGGCGCAGUGUACCCACCGUGCCGCCGGACCGGACCGGCUCACCGUCUGCCGACCGGCAGAAGGCCUGGGCGGCGCAGACCCACCGGAGACGGGGCAAGCAGCAGCGCUCGGAGGCCGGCUGGACCUCGUCCAACGAGUCCGUCGACGUUACCAGGUCAGCUCCUGUUGGGGACUGCCAGGAGCUGUAUCAGGAGUCGUCUGACAGCGAGGUGAGCAGUGCCAGGAGCGUCAGCAGCAGCAGGAGACACCGGCGCAGGAUCAGGAGACAAGGGUCGCUCGACACUUCCGACGACCAGGGAACGUCGGAGUGCGCGGCCGGUGGCCUGGCCGGUCGGCGCACCUCGCGAUUCCGCGUGCUGGCCACCCAGCUCCGCUCACUGCGCCGACUGCGCAAACCGCGCCCCCUGGUGGUCGGCGGUAGCACCAGCUCCGAGGAGCCCGGCCAGGAGGAGCCCGACGAGCGGACGGCACUGCUCUCCGCCAGCGGGCGCACCCUCACACACUCGUGCAGCGACCCCUGCGAGUAUGGACACUGAGGGGACGCCGAGUCGUGUGGGUAUGGACGCUGAUGGGCCGUCGAACCCUGCGAGUAUGGAUAUUGAGGAGCUGCCGAACCCUGCGAGUAUGGACACUGAUGGGUGGUGGCCGCAUUGCGUAAAACAGUGGGAUAUCGCCGAGCUGCGAGAUGAAAGUAUGGACCUGCGAAUACGGGCACUCGGCCGCCAUUGAGACGGCAUUCACUCUCUCCGCAUUCCUGCUCCCGCGCCUGAAAGCGCUUAGGGGAACUGAGCUCGGGCUGGUCCCUGUAUAAACCGCCGAAUCACAGCGCGUGUGAAUAGUACCUGGUGCAUUUGAGCUCAUUAUUGCUCCAUGUUGACAGUGAGUGUAAAACUCUGACUCAACAGUGCUGGAAACGAACAUAUGACACCUAGCUUGAUGGGUGCCGAACGACUCAAAGAACUAUGCAGAUGAAGUGUGAAACAUUCCGCGAGCAUUGUGUGUGAGUAUUGUGAACAUCGACUCAUCUGUGCACAGAACAGUCACCUACCGUGGCGUCAGCCCUCGUCCGUCGGAGCUCAAUGUACCACUGUUUUAGCUGCACACUGUAUACCCCUAUGUGUGAAAGUGGGCCCUGCGUCUCAUUCAAUGCCUUUGCUUUAUGCAUCGACAAGUAUA